AUGAUCCGACUUUUCGUCCUCGUCCUCUCCCUCUUCGGAUGCGCCCUUGCACAAGGUCGUUUGGCCUGCCAUUCCUUGUUCCUUGCACAUUUCCCUGAUAAAGUCUCUACCCAAACUGCCGCCAUGAGUGUGACCUGGGGGCUGAAUCCCUUCGACCCGGGCGUGUUCGACGCGAUGCCGCUGAGGUCGUCGGACGCGGAGGCGGAAGGCUGGAGGCGAGUCGACGAGGCGGAACUCUGCGACGGCGGUCAGUUCCGCGGGAUUCGCUACGCCCUCGACGGGGACUUAGCCGCCAUCCUCAUCUUCGAUCAAAAUGGCAUCAUCGCGGGCUACCAAACUGCCAUAACGGUGGAAGAGAGCACGGCGAACGGGAACACGUUCCCGUUCGGGGAGAAGAGCAUCUUUCGCCAAGACGUUAUCGACGACGUGGACGUGUACGCCCUCACCGCCUAUUUCAUCGACCCAGGUCGAAUCUGCGAGGGUCGCACGGACGAGGAAUUCGAGACCGAGGGAACGGGGACGGGCCUGUACCUCCAGAUCGGCGAGGACCCGACCGACCCCGACCAAGGUCACUGGCUGCAAAACCUCUUCGAGGAAGACAUGCCCAAUAAUCCCGAAUGGGUCUUCGGGGCCUGCUUCUUCUCCAUGGGGAACCACUACUGGCUGAACAUCGCCUCCGACAUGGACUGCGACGACUUCUUCCCCGUCUUCCUCCUUUUCAACAACGGAAAGCUGACGGCGUUCGGAUGGGGCAUCCACGGCUACUACGAGAGCCCGAGAUUCGAGCAUCCGCCUUCCUUCUCCUUGGGGAUGUUCUUGGACCCCGUGCCAAACUGCCUCGUCGAAGUGACCGACACCAUCGGGGUUUCUACCAUGCACAUCUACUUCAAUUCUGAUCCUUUGGAUCUCCUCUGCUGAAGUGUCUUAUGGAAAGCGGAUGUCUCGUAGAGGAGGAGGAAUAAAAAUAUUCUAAGCAUCCUUUA